CGUGCGAGCGAGAUUUACGUUCGGUCGUGCGAGGUGUAGGAAGGUGCUGUCUUUAGUAUGAAUUCGCACGAAAGUUCCAUUGACCCGAAUGAGGCGACAAGGCUGCUGAAAGAUAUUCUUCACGUCGGGAAAACACCAUCUGCUCCCUUGCACUAACAGUUACUGAAACAUGACUGAAGCUGGUGAGGCCAUUCACUUCAAUCAUUUUUCAUUGCGGCUUCAUCCGAUGGCACGGCGGAAAGACUGGAUAUGCACAGCCUCGGAUGUUGCAAUGGCAGCCAAUGGCAGUUUGGAAGAAGCUGUUGGAGGCUAUGGGGAUCCUUCAGAUGGUAUGGCGUCGGCUGGAAACCUCCUGGAGUCAAUUUUUCGUUCUUCUAAGGAACAACAACCGCAGGAUCCUCAGCAGCAGCAACACAUAUGCCUUCUGGAUGGCGAGGAGGAUGUCAGCGUGGACGUUUGUGGGACAGAAGUGCAAGUUGUUGUCAGUCGGCCGCGUGAAGAUGCGAGCAGUAGCAACCGGGUCAAGAUUAAAAAUAUUGUUGACUAUAGCUGGGAACUGAAAUAUAACUUAGGAAAGCACAUUUGCCUGCAUAUCUCUGGGACAUACCUCGCAUAUGCUCUGAGAGCUGCAGCUACUACUGCGGGGGUAGUACGAGUUCUGAACCUGAAAACAGGCGAGCGCCUCCUUGUUAAAGGAUUCAGAGGCCAGAUUCGUGACAUGGCCUUUGCCCGACUUGCAACCACAGUGAUGCUGGCUAUAGUGGAUGAGUUUGGGACGUUGGGUGUAUAUGAGGUUCACGAGAACACGUCGACUCUUUUGAUGAAGGUUGAACGGCCAGCAGAUGAAGAAUCAAGUGAAUAUCGCCGUGUAGUAUGGUGUCCAUAUGUGCCAGAUGAUGGUGCAAGAGGUGGCAACAGUGCAGAGGAAGACAACUCAAAAUUCCUAGUGGCGACGAACCACGAAGAGGCAGAAGUAUGGAAUGUUGGCCACAUGGUAACUGAAUAUGGAAUGAGGACAUUGACUGUGCCUCAGGUUCGUGCAGGACUUCAGAGGAUCAUCGAGCACACAAAGCCAAUCAUUGAUGCUGCAUUUGCACCUGAUGGUACAGCACUUGCCACUGCUGGCGCUGAUGGGCAGGUGCGGUUCUUCCAAGUGUAUAUGCAGGACCCUGAUGCAACACCCAGGUGUCUUCAUCGAUGGUCCCCACACAACCAAAAGCCUGUGACUUGCCUGUUCUUUUUGGACAAUUUGAAGGCUUGCAAUCCAGACACACAGUUUUGGAAGUAUGCUCUCACUGGCACAGAUAGCAACACUGAACUGAAGAUAUGGAGCUGUGAAACAUGGGCUUGCCUUCAGACUAUCAGGUUCAUUGUUUCACCCGGAGACAUGGCACCAUUGCCUGCAUUGAAGGUGGAAAUGGACCCUACGUCCUCUUAUUUAGUGCUGUCAGACAUUCACAGAAAGGUCAUGUAUGUUGGUCAGGUGCAACAAGACACCAAGGCUGAGUUGGUGACCCUUGCUCUGUUUCCAGUGGUGUUGCCCGUACUCAGUUUCACAGUAGUUGAAGCAGUGCGGUGUCGCUUCAAGCCGUCCACUGACACGGAGCAUGUUAAUCGCCUUGACGCAGCAUCUCAUCGCCAAGUGAAGAAGCUUGCACAGCCCGAGGAGGCGGAUGCCGCGGAUGAGGAUCGCAGCUCUGAGAAGCUUCAGGAAGGCACAAUGGUGCGCCUGUAUUGGAUGACCACAAAGUCCAUUCAAGCCUGCCAUAUUGUAUAUCCUACUUCAACUAUUUCUGCUGGGCUAUCAUCUGCAGUGUCUCUUAGCACACUGUCGCAGCACUCUGGAGUGUCUGGCUGCACAGACCACUUGUCUGAUAUUAGUGCUGAUGCUGACGAUGAUGAAAGGGCUGGGAAAAGUGAGCGUGAUUGUGAUACUCCUAGUAACAAAGGGAAGGAGGAUAGGGAUGAUGAAUCAAGUUUUACUGCGGCCAAACUCCUGCUCAAGCCAAGUGAUUUUGUGUCGCCAUCAAACUCUUCAACUUCCUUGACACCCUGUACUGCAGCUGCAUCCACUAACACCGACCCACUGCCAUCCACCACAUCUCCAGGCGAGAGUACUGAGGCAUCAACGCCUGUUCCAAGUGAGCUGUGCACUAUUCCAGUGGCAGCUUCACUACCCUCUCCAGGAACAACACCUAAUGCACUAGACCUGUCGCGGAAAGGAGUUCUUGAAGAAGCUGAGGGUGUUGCAGCCAUGACAGCUACAGCUAAUGGGCAUUCUGAAGAAGUAUGUGAACUGUCUGAGCCACCUCAGCGCAAGUUGUCUCAGAGAAGCACAGCCAGCUCAUCAAGUCAGGAGGUUGCUGACAUCAUGGCACCUGCAGAGAGGCUUGCUAAUGCUGUAGACAGUUCAGAUGAGGAUGAUGACGAGGAAGAGGAGGAGGAGGAGUUGGAGCCAGGCCUGGAGUAUGAUUCCGCAGCUGAAGACUUACACCGUGCUGCACCCGAGCCUUCAGCAAGUGAUCCAUCCACCUUGGCUGCUUCCAUGUGUGAGAGCCAGGAGGGCAGAGAUAAUGGUGCAUGGCCCCAACCCCUGGACAACACUAAAGCGUUUUCUACAGCAACCACAGUAUGCAAGCAUGCAGUAGAGGACGGUUCGCUUCAAGCUGGCCGGGAAAGCACUGCCCGAGCACUGGGCGAGGUGGAGCUCGUGAUCUCUCAGCUUACAGAGGAAACUAGCACACUUACAAAGACUGUGAGUGCACUGAGCUCUGAAUUUCAUAAACACCGUGCAAUGCUUCUGAAGUUGGAAGAAGGACAGUCUCAUCGGGAUGGAAUGCUUUCAUCCCUCAUGGCUGAAACCAGGGCAAACGUAGCUUCUCUGGUGAAGCUUGAAGCUGCCAUUGCUCAGCUGAGUGAGAUACAGAGGGCUGGCAUUGAUAAACAAGCAACCAUCGUAGCCCAGAGCUUGGCUGCUGUACUUGGCACUCACUUGGAAAAGUCCAUUGCAAAUGAAUUCAAGAACUCUGUUGUCCCAACUGUGGUGAAGGUUAUUGACACAACAAGAUGUGAAAUUUCCAGGAGGCUCGAGACAACUGAAGCUGUAAUCAGAGAUACCAUUAUCAAAGCAAUCAAAAGCAAGGUGAUGGCUGAUACAGUAGCUCAAGCCAUCAGUGCUUCAGUACAGUCACACGUGCAAGGGACAUGUCGAGAGAUUAUGCAAAAUACCCUUAUGCCAUCACUUGACCGCAUCUGUCAAAACCUGUUCCUUCAGCUCAACGAGACCUUUCAGCAGGGCACCCGUGAGUUUCUCCAUCAAGCCCAGCAGCAUAUUGAUAAACAUGGUGAAGCUCGUGCUGCCGAAGCCAUGAAGAAUGUUGAGUCAAACGUGGACCGCAGUCUACAGAUCUUUUUACGUGACCACAAAGCUGCACUGGGGCCUCCAGAUUUUCGUGCUACUCUUGAUGAGGCUGUGACAAAUUCAUUGCAUAACCUGAAGGCAGGACUUCUACAAGCAUUGGCUGGGCAACAGGAGAUGCUUGUGAACAAUCUGAGGGAAGAGAUGCAUGGCGCACUGAAAGAGACAGUAGCUGCAGCUGCAUCUGAAGGACUAGGAGCUCGCUCUAAAAUGAACACACCAGUGCCCGUUGCUGACCCACAUCUUGUGCUGCAGCAAAUUACUCUACUAGUGCGUCAGGGCCAGUAUAAUAUGGCUUUCCAGCAGGCUCUGUCAGUGGCUGACCUGGCUACAGUUGUGUCAACAUGCGAGAUGGUGUCCCCUGCCAUUGUCUUUGGCCAGCAUCCAUGCCCUUUACAACAGCCAGUGCUGCUCUCGCUCAUCCAGCAGUUGUGUGCAGACCUUGCAACCAGCACUGAAAUUAAGCUGAAGUACCUGGAAGAGGCUGUGCUCAGCCUAGACAAAGAAAACGCAGUCACAAAGGAGCACAUGAAAGUUAUCUUGACACAGCUGUGCCAGAAGCUCAGCAAAUUCCUCACAGGAACACCUCUUCACAACAUGGGGCGCAUGGCCAAACGUCUGCUUAUGGUCGCCCAGAGCUCUCUCACCUGCUAGCUUCCAGUCAAUGUGAGGAAUCUGGGGAAUCCACAGGGUUCAUCUCAGUGGAGGACACUUGUGGUCAAGGCACUGUGAAGUUUUUGUAGUGUGCUGUGCCUGGCAUACAGUGGGCUAGAAUGAUGGAAGUGUGCACGAGGAGUGUACAGUGUGGCAGCAAUUUGGCUCUUGCUGCAGUAGACCAUUGUUAAAGGUGCUCUGGGGAUCACCUGCUUUUCCCCAUUUUUUUCCUUCCGUGUUUCUUUUCACCUUAAGGGGAAAGGAGAAGGGGCAACGCUGUACAUGUUCUCAUUUCAAAAUAAUGCUUUGCCAGUGCACUUUUAUUGGUGUACAACCAACAGCAAUCUGUGCAGUAUCCAAGAUAGUGCAUCACGGUUACUUAAGCAGUUUUCCCUCAACCAUGCACAUUUUGUACCAAUUUAUUAAACAGUUUGAAAUGAAAAUUAAGUUUUUCUUUGAAAAUUAGGUUCUACUGCUCUUCUUUAAAGCUUAACAAUGUGGCAGAGCACUUUGCACAUAGAUGUAUACUGUAGCCAAUAUUUCAGUUCGACUAGUAUUUGUUAACUGGCCAUAUGCUAUGCUGCUCAGCACCUUUGACAAAUGUUUUGCCACUGGUUUGUAUUGCCAUAUUUUCACCUCUUCAUGCAGCAUUUCCACUACCUCUCCCCUUUCCUCGUGUUUCCACUUAAAGCAGAAUGUGUCAUCUUUUUGCAAUUACAAAUUUUAAGAAUUGUUAAAUUCACCUUUGCCUCACUGUAACAUUGUUCUUGCAUUUCAUUUGACACUUUCUCUGUAUUGUUUACUGAGUGCUGUUUGUUUUUGUAGAUUGAAGAGAAAUAAAGGUUUUCUAUUUAUUCAA